AUAACUAGACACGUGCGGUCCCCACAUGGAUCCACCCCUCAAAAAGCGCGUGCACCAUCUCCUACUCCCGCUUCACACAAGCUCCCGACGCAACACAAGAACCUUCCCGAUUCAGUCUUCUACUCCGUCUCUGAAAAAUCCCAAUUUUUUAUUUUUUCAUGUUUUUCUAGUCGGAAUUGUCGAUGGAAUCCCCUUCCAUGGAGAUCUCCGCCGUUAAAAACCCUAAGCCCAAUUCGCAUUCCCAUUCCACUCCCAUUCCCCGACGUUUCUCCUCCACAACGGCUUCAGCGACGAGGUCGAUGUGUCUGACAUCGAGAUGAUCACGAUCCAGACCGUCACCUACACCAGCCUCAGGGACCUCCUCCCGGCGUCGACGCAGCCAUCGAUCAUGUCACCGAUUCACAAUUCCAGCUGGCACGACGAGAUUCCGAUCAAGAACCCGCUCGUCAAGCACGCCGCACUGGCGUACCUCCAGCCGAUGUCCUCGCCGCCAGAGGUUGGCGAUAAGGGAUUAUUCCGGAUGAUCCGGGAGAAGUGCAACUGUGAGUUCGGGUGUCUCGGUUGGUUCGGCGACGUCGUUUUCAAGACAGUUAGGGACGUGUUUGGUGGCGUUUGUGGUUGUACGAAUAGUUUUGGCGAGAUUGGGGAUGAGGACGACGAGGAGGAGGACGACGAGGAGUGCUUGAAAGUUGACUGACGAGAGUGAAGGAUAGGGGUAUUUUUGGAAUGUUAGGGGUUGACUGGUAGAUGAUGGUAAAGAGAGAAGUGAGUGAGACCUUCCUUUUGUAUAUAGAAUUUAUUUAAUCUUUUCUUUUUUGUAAUUGAGUUUUGGUGGGUGGCUUUGUAAAUAGAUAUACAUUGUGUUCGGUUUAUUAAUCACCGAACACAUGAUUGGUGGGAGAGAAUUUGAUUUUUCUUCUUCAAGAAAAAGUUAUUGAGAUUUAUUUUCUUGGUGCUGUAUAUAUUUUUUGGUCAAAUGUAAUAUAUCGAUCUGUCGGUUAAGAUUUUGUGGAA